UGGAGGCAUGGAAAGCAGACACACUGAGCUGAGCCUCUCGCUGAGCACAACCACUUCAAGAAGAAACUACGAGACAACAUCUGUCAACUGCCAACAUGAAGGCCACACUUGCCACCAUUGCUCUCCUCGUCCUCGCUCUAGGCUGGACCUCUGAGGCUGUGCAAGUUGAGGAAAAUGGACUCUCCUUUUCCCUGGAAGCGGUCAAAAGACUUCAGGAGCUGACGGAGGCCAGAGCCAUGGCAGGACAACUCAGUAGCCCUCGACUCAAGGCCAGCACCGUGUCCCUCUGUGCUGAGCCCAUGCUCCCGCAGGAGUUCCUGCCUCUCUGCAAGCAGAGAGGAGCCUCUGCAUCCCUCAUUAGAUUAGCUGCUGUUCCCUUGGACGUCUGUGAGAUCUGCGCUUUUGCUGCCUGCACCGGUUGCUAAAUGCUCACCGCAUGCCUACAUGUCUGACCACGCUUAAAACGAAUGAUUCUUUUGUUUUUCAUCACCAUCAACUAUUUUUCAGGGAAUUUCUAAGAUUUCUUUUUUUUUUUAACUCCAAAUUUUUUUAGGGACAAACAAACUGUUUGUCCCUGAAGGUCUGACUACUGUGUAUCAGACAACUUAAUUUCUGAAUUAUUUGAAAAACCGAAAUGGCCCCAAAAGAAAAAAUAGAAUCCGACUAAGGAGCAUUUUGCAAACUGUUACUUUUAUGCAUCAUAACUUUUUAUUUCUUCACAGCCUGCUCUUUAGCAUAUAUAUUAUGUUUGGAUUUUACAUGGUUUGUUACAUUUCUCCUAUCUUGCUUUAUAUAUUUAAAGAUAUGUGUUCUUUCUUCAUUUUCUUCUUUUUUAUCAUUAAUAUUUUGAAUAAAAAGCCUUCAUUCAUACAUCGUGAGUGUAUUGUGCUCUUUCCAAAGGAUUGUAUUUGCACCAUCACUUUGGCAAUGGCAGAAAGAGUGUUCGUUAAAAGAGUCAUAAAGUUAAGGAGAGUCAUUUGUCUUUGCAAGUUAUGGGUAAAGACAUUAUAAAAUGAUGAAAAUA